AUGCCCAACACACAGCACACGAGACCUCCGCCACAAUUUCCCACGGAUAACAACAACUAUGGCAUCGGCGUAGCUCUAGGAAGCCCAGGUCUGGCGACUGCCUCCAGCCAAGACUCCAACAGGAUUCCGCGGACCAUGACGACCAUCACGUCUCCGGCAAACGCAGCGACUGAGCAACAGCAGCAAGCCAAGAGUACAGGGCUCUCCCGCUCGCUCUCAAAACGCCUGCCCUUUCUAGGCCGUUCAAAAUCUAGACAGAUAAACUCAAACAAUGGCGGCGCCAACAACUAUUCGAGGCCAAGCACGGACGUUGGCACUGCCAACUAUACAAGCGGCGUUUCCGUGCCUCCAGCGCCUUCACCAGCUGGUUACAACACAUCUCGCGCGAACCAGAGCUGUAUCCGUCCGGAAGGAACAAAGCUCAAGAAGCAUAAACCCGGUGCGGUGCGCUCUGUCACGGACCCCCGGAUGCAAUCUCCCAAAGGUGGCGUGCAGCAAACACCAGCCUGGGUACCCGGCCAGCCCAGCCCCGUCUUGGACGUCGAGAUUCCCGACAUCAAACUGGAGCGAUACAGUGUCAUGUUUGGCAAGCUAUUUGAGAAGCAGCAGUCAACCGGCAGCUUGUUAGCACGUCGCCAGGCGACGCUCGCCAGGAUCAGAGCCCUCGAGGACGAGGUGCGAAGAGAGCACUAUGAUGGAUUACAACGAUCUCGCCGAUCUACUUCGCCGUCUAUGACACCAGUUUGCUCACAGGCAGCGGAGUUACCCGCAGGUUCAGCACCUGACAUCAACGUUGUGCCUCUAAGACUACGAUCAAACACGUUUCCGAUGAUUGCGAAAGAAGCAGAGGCCCUGACACCAAAGGAGCCACCACCCGAAGACCAAAUGGAUUCUCCAGGGACAUCCAUGCUAUCACCAGCUAGCCAGCUCUCCCCAUUCAGAGACAGCCAAGGCCGGCCUUUUCUGCACUCCAAGUUUCACAAACCAUCCGUCGAGUCCAUCCGCAGCCCAUACUUUCGACAAGCCGCGGAACGGGAAACGGCCACCGCCCUCUCGCCGCCUCCGCCUGGCCCCGUUCGCCGUCUUCCAGAAAGCAGCAAUAGCAGCAGCAACGUCGCGACGGCAUCGUACUCUACAAUGCCGGGCCCUGUCAAGCAGGUCGACAUCCCCAGCCGCUCAACGUCGCUGCACAAUCGCGGUCGAGCGGGCCUUCCCGCCGCGCCGAAGCCCAAACCCAACCCCAAGCCCGCCAACAAGGAGGAGGCGCUCGAGGACGCCGCCGAGGUGUCAAUUGCCCGGCAGAUCAGUAUCUCCCGCCAGCAGCGUCGCUUCCUGGAGCCGUUGCACGAGCGUGAGCGGCGCCGCGCCCGCGCCAACAAGCACAUCAAGGCCGCGAGCCAGAUUUCCAUGGACGACGGCAGCAAGCGCAUCGCCGAGACCAAGACGGCCACGCCGACCUUCAUCCACCCCGUUGGCGGCGACCAACAGGGCGGCGGUCAGAAUGAGUCGCCGCGACAGCACAUGUAUCGGCGAAGCGAGCAGGUGACCAUUGAGGGUGCAUGA